UAGCAGUUCCUUUGGGUAUCUCCGCUCGCGAGCUUAAUCUAAAAUUAUAAUAAGCGCUUAUCUGAAGAACACGGGCGUUAAUUGGAAGUCCUUAUCUUCUAGCGAAUUUGGUAUCGCGAAUUAAUUUAAACGGCCACCAAAUAACGGUCAAUGUAAGCAGUUCUCAGAAAACUAUGAUUGCGAACGGACAGCAAACAAAGUCGAACCAUCGCCCGUUGGCCAGUGUCGUGCUUCUGGUCCUGGGUCUUUGCCAGGCCACUGCCGGAGUAGGUAUCGCGCAGCCGAAUGGAAGAGUGGUGGGUGGAACGGCAGCCGCUGCCAACAGUGCUCCCUAUGCGGUCUCCAUGCAGUAUGAAGCAACUCACUACUGUGCCGGCAGCAUCCUGAAUGCCAACUGGGUGGUAACGGCUGCCCACUGUCUGAUGAACAGCGCUCAGGUCCUGGGAAGUACCCUGGUGGCCGGCAGCAUUGCAGUGGCGGGAACUGCCAGUACCACGCAGACCCGGAGCAUCACCUACUUUGUGGUCAACGAUUUGUACACUGGUGGAACCGUGCCGUACGACAUCGGUCUCGUCUACACUCCCACCGCCUUCGUUUGGACUGCGGCUGUGGCCCCCGUGACGCUGCCGUCUUCAGGUGUGGUGCCGACUGGAACAGCCACUCUAUAUGGAUGGGGAAGCACCAGCACAACAAAUACCGCCUCCUAUCCCGCGACCCUUCAGGUGGCCUCCAACCUGCCCAUUAUCAGUUUGACUUCCUGUGAGGCAGCUUUGGGCACCAAGGGUAGUGACGUCCACUCGACUAAUUUAUGCACGGGUCCCCUAACCGGAGGCGUCAGCAUCUGCACAUCCGACUCUGGAGGUCCUCUGGUGCAGAAUAACGUCCUUAUCGGCAUAGUGUCCUGGGGUAAACUUCCGUGCGGACAAGCCAACUCUCCGUCGGUUUAUGUACAAGUAUCAUCCUUUAUUUCGUGGAUUUCGAGCAACCAAGUGGCUCCAUAAAUAACACGAAUUUAAUUUUUUAUUAUCAAUAAAAGCAGCAAAGUGUA